AUGACCUCUACGAACAAUAGCGGGAGCAACAAUACACCCUCGGAGGAGGCUAUUGUGCAACGCUACCAACAACUUCGUCAGGAGUGUCUUUCUCUGGUCUCUCGCAUUUCUGAAUUAGAGAACGAGUUACACGAGCACAAACUGGUUGCCGAGGCCCUGCGACCACUGAACGGUGAUCGCCGCUGUCAUCGCCUUGUUGGUGGAGCCCUCAUUGAACGCACGGUGGCUGAGAUUUUACCCGAGCUGGACGAUAACGUAAAGGGCAUUCAGGAAGCAUUGGAACAACUCAAUAAAAUCCUCGCGGAGAAACAGGCUGUGAUGGAAGACUACGCCAGAAAACACGGUGUGACUGUGGCCCAACAACACGGUCAGAACCCAGGCGGUGAUACGCACGCAGAGUCAGCAAAGAAGCCAGCUGCUGCAGAACAAAGUGGUGUGCUGGUGUAA